GAGUUUGGAGUGAAACUGGGAUUGAUCCCUGGGAUUGGGGGAAAGGGAGCUCUCUGGAGGUGAAAGGGUUAUAGGGAAAACCUCCCCCCAGAAGGAUGUGACCCUCCUGGGAGAGAGAGAGAGAGAUGUUGCUGGUAACCGGACGGUGAAAGUUGGCUGGCUCGGAUUUGUCCCGCCCGCCUGGGGAUUUUGUUCGUAUUCUCUGUCUCUGCCUGUGGCUGUGAGCCCGGGUUCCGGAUCCCACCGCUGCCGGCCCUCGGAUGGUGCUGUGGCCUGUGGUCUGUUAGACCAGGAGAGGAUGGGUUAAACACUUGCUCGUGAAGCGAACUCCGAGAGAGGAGCAGCGAGUCAGACACUGGCACAGGGAGCAAUAUUGAUCAACACAGAGCCAGCGUUCAAACAUCUGCGAUUGACCUGGAACUGACCGGGAAGCGGGAAAACUGACUGGAAACAAAAUUGAUCAGUUUCACUUUGAAGGAACUUUGCGAAUGUACGCCAGUUGCCUGGGAAUCUCUCUCCCACCCCCCCCCCCCCCCCCUCUCAGUUCCCUGCCCAGGAAAAGACCGUAUUGAUACUGUGGUAAUUCUGGCUGGGUGAAACAAUAUAACGAGAAUGAAGGAGUGAUACAGGGACUGUGCGGUUUCCCAUGGCUGAAUUGUAACAUCGACGUAGGAUUUAAAUAUGGGCAGAGAACAGGAGCUGGUACAAGCGGUAAAAAACGGCGAUGUGUCCUCGACACAGAAGUUACUGGCCAAGAUCAAGGCUACAAAAAGCAAGCUGCUGGGCUCCACAAAGCGGUUGAACGUUAAUUACCAGGAUUCCGAUGGAUUCUCAGCUUUGCACCAUGCUGCCCUUAGUGGGAGCACUGAGCUCAUUUCAUUGCUGCUCGAAGCCCAGGCCAUGGUGGAUAUCAAGGACAGCAAUGGGAUGAGGCCAUUACACUAUGCAGCAUGGCAGGGAAAGCUGGAACCCGUGCGAUUGCUCCUCCGAGCUGGAGCUGUGGUAAAUGUUGCCUCGCAGGACGGUCAGAUCCCAUUGCACCUUGCAGCACAGUAUGGACACUAUGACGUGUCCGAGAUGCUCCUACAGCACCAGUCCAACCCAUGCAUCGUAAAUAAGGCCAAGAAGACACCGUUGGAUCUCGCGUGUGAGUUUGGCAGACUGAAGGUUGCACAGCUUCUGUUGAACAGUAACAUGUGUGUUGCCUUACUGGAGGGUCAAUCCAAAGACAGCGCUGAUGCCAACUUCACCACCCCACUGCAUCUGGCCGCCAAGAAUGGGCACAAAGACAUUAUCAGGUUAUUAAUCAAGGCCGGCAUUGAUGCAAACAAAGUGGCUAAAACAGGGACAGCUCUACACGAGGCAGCGCUGUGUGGCAAGACGGAGGUGGUCCGCUUGCUCCUUGACGCUGGCAUUGACGUCAACAUCAGGAACACUUACAACCAAACAGCCUUGGACAUCGUCAAUCAGUUCACCACCUCUCAAGCCAGCAAAGAAAUCAAGCAGCUACUACGAGAGGCCUCUGGAAUCCUGCAAGUCCGAGCCCUUAAGGAUUACUGGAAUGUUCACGACCCCACUUCACUCAAUAUUAGGGCUGGUGAUGUUAUUAUGGUCCUGGAACAACACGCUGAUGGCCGCUGGAAGGGACACAUUCAUGACAGCCAGAAAGGCACGGACCGUGUUGGCUACUUCCCCCCAUCCAUUGUUGAGGUGAUCAGCAGGAGAUCAGGCACCCUCACUCGCCAUGCCUCAGUGCCUCCCCAUCAGCGCCAGGGCUUCUCCAAGAGCCAGCAGAAUUCCUUGACCACGUCACAAACAGACGAUGCUUACCAGCUCUACCAACAGAUGUACUCGCAGACACUGCCCGCCCAUCGCACCUUCAACCAUCCUAGUUACAGCCGCAACAAUCACAACACAGAGAAUAACGAGAUGUGUGCAGGUGACAGGAACAGUGUGGGCAGUACCGGCAGUGUGGGCAGCAUUCGGAGUGCUGGUAGUGGGCAAAGUACAGAGAGUGGUAAUGGACACACCGCUACCAUAGGCUUGGAGAAUGGCAAGGCUAUGCCCCCUGGUGGGGAUCAGGCACAUCAGCAGGUCUGCAGGGGCACAGAGAACAGUGGCAAACAGCUUGACCAGCCUGCAGGAGUGCCAAGACAUCAAAACGUCUCGAGCUAUAAGUCUGGUGAGCAAGGUUACUCACAGCAGUUUAUUCACCCUGAUCAAUUCCUGCAAGGCAAGGAUGCUGAAGCUAUCUUUAACUGGCUGAGUGAAUUCCAGCUUCAACAUUACACGGCCAACUUCAUCAACGCUGGCUAUGAUGUGCCAACAAUCAGCCGCAUGACCCCUGAGGACUUGACAGCAAUCGGUGUGACUAAACCUGGACACAGGAAGAAGAUUUCCACGGAGAUUGGCAAACUGAGCAUUCCGGAAUGGCUUCCUGAUUACAGACCGGCAGACCUGUUUGAGUGGCUCAGUGCUAUCGGCUUGCCCCAGUACCACAAGAAGCUCGUCGAUAAUGGCUACGACAGCAUCAACUUCAUCAGUGAGAUCACCUGGGAGGAUCUGCAAGAAAUCGGCAUCACACAGUUGGGACAUCAGAAGAAGAUGAUGAUUGCCGUGAAGAAACUUGUGGAUGUGCAGAAGGCGUUAAACCAGGCGGAAGUGGAGGCCAAAACUGCUACGCUGAGGCGCAAGGCUCCAGCUGCAUUGGAGAUUGUUACCAUUGAGGCGUUACAAGGGGAGAAUGGAGAAUGUCAGUCUCCUCAAACGCCAAAGAUGCUCACCUUCCAGGACAGCGAGUUGAGCCAUGAGCUGCAGUCUGCCAUGUCCAACCCUUGCUACAACUGUCAGGACGGCCUGGCAAUGAAGCAGGCGGGAGCCAUCUCCCGGAGUCAGGAGAGCAUCGGGAUUCGCUCCCGAGGGUCUGGUCACUCCCAGGACAACGUGCUGGGCAAGACCAAGACUGACAGCAAGUCACAGGAAAGCCUGGGCAGUGGGGAUGGCAGCAGCAGCAGCGGCAGCAGUGGGAAGACCACCUCGUUACCUGGCCCUCGGGACGGGGCACCCGUUCACGUUCUGGCACCGCACCAGGAGGUUGCCAACGGUUUGGGCCCUGCCCAGGGAGGCAGUCCCAGUAAGGAGAGGAAUGUCCCAGAUGGGCGCGACCAUUACCAGAGACCCGUGGCACAGAAAGCUGCUCCGGUAGCAAACCCAGUGAAGAUGUUGCCUUCCCAGUACCCACUCCAUCCGCCCCCAAACCUCAUCCCUCCUCACACCCCAAGCAAGGGCAAGACAGUGCCAGCCUUAAUCUACCCACAGCUACCUGUUAAAAAACCGUUCUCCUCAGCAACAGAGCCCACCAAACAACAACACUCGAAGCUCACCUCCCAAGUGCCAGGGAACCAGGGCUUUGCCUACCUGCACCCACAUUGUGGGCUCACCAAUGGAGUUAGUCCAGAGAAUGGGCCUCGCCUGAACCCUGUGGCACUCCCGGGCGCUGUGCCGAUUAUCCGCUGCCCAGUGCCAGGCCAAGAGCCAAACAGUGAUGCGUUCAAACCGAAGAAACGUUCCCAGAGCCUGAACCGUUACGCCAUGUCGGAUGGAGAGCCGGAGGAGGACGAUGUGGGCACGGGGGCUGUCAGUACGUACGCCACCCUCACGCGGCGCCCGGGCCGCAACCAAUGGCCAAGAGUGGCGGAUAAGAACGUCAACCGCAGCCAGUCGUUUGCCCUCCGUGGGAAGAAGAAAGGGCCUCCCCCUGCUCCACCCAAACGCCUGAGCUCUGUAUCCAGCUGCCAGGGUCAGGAAGCUGAGCGGGAGCACCCCCCUGACUCUGCCAUGGUCACCCAGAACGCCCCUGACCUGGUCGAUGGGCUCCCUGUCAAACAGGAAGCUGGUGAAGAGCUGGCAAACGGUGGCACUGGCAGUGUCCGGAGUCUCGCUGCCAAAUUGGAGAUGAACAGCUCCCCUGGUGGUCAACCCAAAGCCAUGGCCUUGCUGAAGCUGUCCAGACUGGAGAAGUGGGAGAACCUGGACAGCAUUCCCAAGACCCCUGACCAUUGCGGAGGCAGCUCCGUGCUGAGUAAGGAGGUGAUGAGGUCCCACGAGAAAGUGAGGGACUCCACUAACAGACGACGUACAGUCAGUGAGCCGGGAGUCAGCCUCGAACCGGCUGUGAUCACCCAGACCUCCCAACCUGACAGGGAGGAGCCAAAGUCAGACGCUGAGGAUGAGGCCAAAAUGAUGAGAGGAGAUCUCGAGACCUCAUCGUCCUCUCAAAACAGCUCGAGCGAGUGCAUUCCUUUCGCAGAGGAGGGCAUUUUGACCAUCAAGCAAAGGCCAAAGAUCAACAGUGGGGUCAAAGAGGAGGGAAAUGGGGCCUCUGCUGGCCCUACCGAUGCUGUAACUGUAAUGGCCGGAGACACCGGGGAGGGGAGUCAGGCUCCCGAGGGCAAUGGGACAGCUCCGAUAAUGGGCUCAGCCGCCAAGCAGCCAGAGCUUCCUGAAUUCAACCUGACUGAGUCCGACACGGUCAAACGGCGGCACAAGCCCAAAGAGAAGGAGCUGAUGCAAGCUCCCGUCGCUGUCCCGCAGCCCCACGUGCUGAUGCAGGGACCGCGGUAUGCAGACGCCCAGGCUGUAAACAUUGUAGACUGUAGGCCCCAGGCCAAGCCCCACAGCAAAUCUGACUUGGACGACGAUGCCUGCGUGGAGUUCAGAAUCGCUGAGAUCGAGCGGAGUCUGCAGUCUUUAGAGAAAGGGACCAAGAAGACGCUGAAGCCUCCGCUCUCCCCUAAACCAGCCCUCUCCUAUCUCCAACAGACACCCAAACAGACAGGACCAGCCCCUGUUUCUACCAGGCCUUCUCUUCCCAAGGGACCAACAAAAGAGCUCAACCAAAAUCCGUCGCUGUUAUCCACGUCACCAGUGUCCCCAAAGUCCACGACAGCACGAGGCCUGCCAUUCAGUAGGCCCACAGGGAGCAGGCUUCCACAGGCUGGGGGGAACCUUGUCACUACCGCAACUCCCAUACAGCAACUGGGGCCUGCACGGACCACGAAUCCAGCUACCGGGAAGGCAGCGUUGACGGCAGGAGUACUUACAAAACCCACAGCAGAAGCUCCAUUAGCUUCCCUGGUUCAUCAACGACUAGAACAGACAAGCAGCUCACUGGAGGCAGCUCUCCAUGCAGUGGAGCAGAAACUGACUCACAAAGACAGUGGCAAUGAUGUCUCGGUUUCGGUGGAGUCCGCUGGUAAUAUUUUGGACGACAUCGGGAGUAUGUUCGACGACCUGGCCGAUCAGUUGGACGCCAUGUUGGACUGAGCCCCGACGUGCCCGAUGUUGUCCUGUUGGCUGCCGGCGGGACAGGCCGCCCCACCCCACCCAUGCCCCACCCCCUCCUCGUGCACGUGCACGCGCGCGCGCGCGGCUUCCAGGCCGUGGGGUAACCAUGGUGACUGCCGGAAGCUGCCUGUCCAGGCGGGCGUUUCGUGCCCCUAUGAGGCUGUUCCGGUGACGGAAGAUCUUUGCUGCGUCCAUGUUGUCCACACGCCUGGGGGGGGGCUUUCAAAGCUGCACUCGGUGUAUGGAUCCCGGCUGAGUCAGUGAGAGAGAGACCGGAAUUCUAUUGCGGUUUUGUUUUUUAUUCAUACUUUGUGUGUACAUAUAUAUAUACCUGCCCCCUGUCAAGUUUCUGCUGCGAUAAGCACUUAAAAUGAGUUGAAGCAGAAGAUGUCAACCUGGGGAACACCCUUCCUCCCCCCCCAAAAAAAAAGCAAAGUGAGGAUUCGAUCUUCCUCAGACCGGGCAAUGGCCCCUAAAUCACUGUGGGUGAGGAGCCGUCACAGCCGUUCAGCCUGUUCAUGGUGAAUGACAGCAGCUAAAAUCCAACCCAGCACUUGCACCUUCAUCCCAGUACCUGAAGUAACCGGCCCCCCAUUACUUACCGUUGUCUCACAAAGUUACGAAAGCCACUUCACUUCAGCCUAACGCUAAACUGGUUAAAAGCCCCUGGCAGCCAGGGAAUGAUACCUGACCUGCUGCGAUUUCCAGUAUUUUGUUUUGUUUCCAGUACAGAUUCUCCAGUGAUUUGUUUCUGACUUCAGUGCUUUGGGAGCUCAGGGGGUUUGGUUUGUGUCCGUCGGCCGAAGUUGUCCCAAACCUCCCCCUGGUCUGUUGCCCCCGGUCACUGAGUGUAUGUGGCCAGUUUCCCACCCCUGAGGGAGGUGCCCUGAAUCGAUGUGGUGCUUGGAUCAGCCCUGAGCUAGGCUUCAGACACACCGUGUUAAACUGGAAUGGAGGGGACGAGUCCCUGACAAGGGAACAGCCUGGUGGAGAACACUGUAUUCCGGGUCUGAGACACGGAAUGAUUCCCAUUCCAGUCGAGACCACCACUGUCAGCUGCUGCCAUUCCAAGGAAGGAGAGCUGCAUCUCUGUGUGAAUAUCUAAUCCACAGCUCAGUAUCUCGACAGCGAUUUACAGAAGGACAGUCUGGGAACAUACAGAGAGAAGAAUAUUUUUCUGCACAAACUGUGAUGAGGUGAAAAGCAGCUUAAGUUAAUGACACCUGUAGCUCACUGCUGCUGGAGGUCGUGAUGUAUUGGCCUUUUCUGGAAUCUGUAAGGUGUGAACGUGUUUGUGUAGAGGACAUGGCUGUAUGUGAGCACAUUUAGCACAUGUGGGUAUGUUGCAUAUGUCUGUCUGUAGCACAUGUGCAUAAACAUGUAGCACAUGUAUCUCAUGUCUGAGAGUAUGUGGAGCAUGUAUGUUUGUGUAUAGUGCAUUCCGUGUGUACACAUGUAGCAUGUAUGAGUAGCACAUGUAUGCUUGUGAGCACAUGGAGCAUGUUUGUGUGAGAGUAGCAUAUGCCUGUGUACACAUGUGGUAUGUAUGUAUGUAUUCGCACAUGCUGAUCACAGGCUAAUGUGGCAAAGAUAAUGUGUGGACCAUGUUGGGUCAGACUUGGUGGGAACAGUUCCUGAGAUACCACCCUUGUCUCUAAUGGUAAGAAGUUCCAAUUCCUGGGCUGUUUUGGAACAAUCAAUUGUCAAGCUACCUUCUUUCAGUUAUCUAAUUGUCAGCUCCUCUCCUGAUAGAUCCACUGGGUCACAUCCUCAGCCGACUGGUGUAAAAACUCAUCUGGUCCAUUCCUAUCCUUUCAGGAAGGAUAGCUGUCAUCUCUCCUGCAGCAAUAUUAUUGAGCUUUAAUCAUUAGGAAAUAGCAAUAAACUUCAAAGAGAGCUCUCCCAUCAGAGCGGGGCUUUGAGGUAUCAGAAUUGGAGUGAGACAGUUUCUAUACGUGCUUUCUGGUGUAGCAUUGCCACUGACUGUAGCCCAAACCAGUACAACCCAGCUCCCAGCUUCUCCACACCCACUGCAUCGGGCUUUGUUUGUUUUAUUGUGUUGUACUGUUUGUGCUUCACUUGAACUAUAGGUAAAAUGUGAGAUAGGAGACAGGUGUUUCAGCUACAGUGAGGUCACCCCCUCCGCAAACUCUCGCCCUAUUUUGGCUUCUACAGCAAAGUGGGUCUAACUAGGAUGAAACAUUAAUGGGGCAUUAUCAGCACAUUGGUCCCCUGCCUGACUCCCCUCUGAUGCCUUUUGUCAGACUUCCAUUUUUAUACCUCAGCCUCUGAAGGCCACACCAGUGCAAUGCUUUGCAGAGUGACAGUGACUUUCUGGGUGAUCUUCUGCAAAAGGAUUACUGUCACUCUGCCAUGUGUAACUUCUACACGUACUACAGAAAUCAUCCCCAAUGGAUUAUGGCCAUGCACCAACACACAUAAUAUUUAAGAUAACCGAGCUGUCAAUGUCUGGGCAUAAAUGUCCAGCUAAGAGGACAGAGCUCCUGAACAGGGCAGGCAUUUCUGCAUCAGUGAGUUCUCCUCAAUCAACUUCUCCCUCUGUACUUAGUGCAUUGCUGUGUCCAAUGGCCUAAUCACAACAAGCAGUUGAGACACUUGAGGGAUCUUGCGACACAUUGGUAGUGCCCCUGACUCUGAGCCAGGAGUCCCAGAGGUGUGUUGUAACAUCCCUGAAAAAUAUCUCCAUGUAAUACAGGGAGCCGACAGGCUGUCACAGUUGAGUGAUUCCUUCUGCAGUGCUCACACUGCUGUCUUGGAGGUUAAUGCAAAGGCCAACUCUGCAUGGACCUAGCUCCACAACACAACAGUGAGGUAGAUGAUCAAUCUCCUGGUCUUUCAAUUCAUUUGCCCAAUCUGUCCUCAUACCUAGAGCCAGGGAACAUUUUCCCAAUGUGCCCAUAACUGUGUCAAAACUGUCUGUUUUGUGGUUCCCAGUCAGAUAUCCAUCGUAGAGGUCACGGGACGUUCUGCAGCACGUGUGCACGGUGUAGUCUGCGUUUCCUUGGUGGAGCAAUCAUUGAAUUAAAGCGCUAACUGUCUUCAUUUGUCCCUUCUGGCCACACCCCAUUGUUCCAUAAAUCCAUACAUAGGUUUAUCACACUGAAUUCAGUCUAAAUCAAAUUAAUAACUUUGAAACAGCCUUAACUAAACUACGUCAAACCAGUAGUUACUAAUUCUUCGAAAACACCUUACACAGGAUGUCUCAAAGUGCUCAACAGUGAAGUUGUUUGUUUAAGUGUAGUCACUGUUAUCGGGAAGCACGGCAGCUAGUUUACGCACAGCAAGCUCCCACAAACAGCAUCGAGCUAUUGACCAGAUAUGCAAACCUUUGCAGUUUUUACAUUCCUUCGCUCAGAAAGCACACCGAUUGCACCCAGAAACCAGUCUGGGUACAGAAUCGCGCACAACGCCAGAAUGCAGUCACCAACCAUCACUGUGCCAUAUGCAAACUGGGGAUUUUUGUCCCACUUGUAAACAAGCAACAGCCUCAGUCAUUGGGCAGUAAGAAACCUUAGUAUUACUGACUGAAGCUUGCACUCAUCAGGACAUUUUGCAAGAAUACCAAUAAAGAGGAAAAUUGAUAUUUAUGUUGGAUGAGAGGACUGGUUGGCAUGUAGAUGUCGAUUGGUAGCAGGGAUGCUGUGGAUAAUGAACCAGUCUUUGUUUAGAUUUCAAACUAGGCAGGGUGAUUCUUAUUGGUCAGGGUAUUGCCCUGGAAAAGGAAUUAGUGACUGGCUGUCACCUAUUUUGUGGAGAUGUAACAGAUACAGUGUGUGGACAUUUUCUUUUCUGUCUGUAAUGAACAAGGCUCCAUGUAUUAAUAGAUGGAGCUUCCAAUGGCAACACCUCUACCAAUCAAGAGACCCACUUCACAACCAAUCAGCACUGUCCUCUCAUGGACUGUAAAUCUUAGUUUUGCCCUUGAAUUGGUAUUCUUGAGAAUUGUCCUGAGUACAAGAUGGCAAGCCUCACCAAAGGAUGUAUUGUUUCAGCAAUAAGCAAUAUUCUACAUAUUUUCAUGGUGAGAAACUGCAAGUUCCAUGCUAAGUAUUAUGUUUCCAUGGUGACGAUAGGAUCUACAAAGCAUGAACUGCAGGUUUCAUGAUGUAAAUACCUACUUGCUCCCAGCUUUGAGAAUAUAUAUAAAUAUAUAUAUUUUGAAACAUUUUCUUUCUUAUCUUUACAUAUGCACCAAGUACUCCCAUCAGAGAAUUAAUAGCAUUAGAGAAUGAAGUGAUGGGGGGGCUACACUGGAUUUAGGAGCAGAUGCAUUUCUUAUCUGCUGUGAGAGGAAUUCGAGAUGGUGUGCCCUGACAAGCACAGACUGCUCGUUGCCAGCAAAGUGAGAAAGUGCAAAAUGGGACGAUUAAAUUAAGAGAUUGUUUUUGAGCUUGAUCUUUGUACAUUACAACUUACUGACUUGUGUAUUAUCGAUGCAAAUGUGUUUAUUUGAAAUUUCUAACAUUGUGUGAUCAAGCUCUCUUUGGCUGAAACAUGGAUAUAUAAUGUAAGUUAUUGUUCAAGAUUGAGAAGUGAAACCAAUGGACCAGAGAGCAGUGGCUAGCUUCAUUUUUGGUUUGGAUUCAUUUUUGUUUGUUGUGCCCAUGGAUCACGCACAUUCACUGAACUCAGCUCUUUGCCUACUGAAUCAUGGGAUAUGAAGAUGUUAAUGAUGAUGGCAAAAAUGAUUCUACUGCUCUGAUAUGAGCAGAGCAAACCGAAAAAUACUGGACACUUGAAGAGAAGCAGAGAAACACUAUGAGAAAGUUGUAUUCAGUUUCAUGUAUAUCAGUGUAAAUAAAGAGUUUACAGUA